AUUGCCAAAGUGACGGACGCGAACUACUUUACGACGACCAAGAAGGGGGAGAUUUUCGAGCUCAAGUCGGAGCUAAAUAGUGAUAAAAAGGAGAAGAAACGGGAAGCAGUUAAAAAGGUAAUUGCAUCCAUGAUGGUUGGAAAAGAUGUUUCUGCGUUUCCCGAUGUCGUCAACUGUAUGCAAAGAGAUAACCUCGAGUUGAAGAAAUUGGUGUACUUGUAUCUCAUGAAUUACGCCAAGAGUCAACCAGACAUGGCAAUUAUGGCUGUCAACACGUUUGUCAAGGAUUGUGAAGAUCCAAAUCCUUUAAUUCGAGCUCUGGCUGUUAGAACCAUGGGUUGCAUUCGGGUGGAUAAAAUUACCGAGUAUUUGUGUGAACCAUUGAGAAAAUGUUUGAAAGAUGAGGAUCCCAACGUUCGCAAGACAGCUGCCGUCUGCGUCGCCAAGUUGUAUGAAAUCAAUGCCCAACUUGUGGAGGAUCAAGGCUUUUUAGAACAGCUCAAAGAUUUGCUUAGCGAUUCGAAUCCAAUGGUGGUCGCAAAUGCAGUUGCAGAAUUAUCUGAAAUUAAUGAUUCUAGCCCCUCCGGGGUUCCACUGGUGGAAAUGAACGCUCCCACAAUCAACAAGCUCCUCACCGCCUUGAACGAGUGCACGGAAUGGGGUCAAAUUUUCAUUUUGGACUCGUUGUCAAACUACAAUUCAAAGGAUGAGCGAGAAGCACAGAGCAUCUGUGAACGAAUAACUCCACGACUGGCUCAUGCGAAUGCUGCGGUGGUGUUGUCUGCAGUUAAAGUGCUAAUGAAGUACAUGGAAAUGAUCAACGACACCGAGUUUGUGACCGUUCUUACCAGGAAACUUGCACCACCUUUGGUUACAUUGCUGUCUUCAGAACCAGAGGUGCAAUAUGUGGGUCUGAGAAACAUCAAUUUGAUUGUGCAAAAGCGACCCGACAUCUUGAAACAUGAAAUGAAAGUGUUCUUUGUCAAGUACAAUGAUCCCAUCUAAGUAAAAUUGGAAAAACUCAUCAUGAUCCGGCUCGCAUCUCAAGCAAACACUGCACAAGUUUUAUCCGAAUUGAAGGAAUAUUCGACCGAGGUGGACGUCGAUUUUGUGAGGAAGGCAGUCCGAGCAAUUGGACGCUGUGCUAUAAAAGUAGGACAAUCUGCUGAGCGAUGCGUUGCGACAUUACUGGAUUUGAUUCAAACAAAAGUGAACUAUGUGGUUCAAGAAGCUAUUGCGGUGCUCAAGAACAUAUUUCGAAAAUAUCCCAAUAAAUAUGAAAGCAUCAUCUCGACCUUAUGCGAAAAUCUCGACACUUUGGACGAACCCGAAGCUAGGGCUUCGAUGAUUUGGAUUAUUGGAGAGUAUGCCGAAAGAAUUGACAAUGCUGACGAAUUGUUGGAAAGUUUUCUUGAAGGAUUUGCUGAUGAAAACAGUCAAGUUCAACUUCAACUAUUGACUGCAAUUGUGAAUUUGUUUCUCAAGCGUCCAGCAGACACGCAAGAGUUAGUGCAGCAAGUCCUAUCUUUGGCAACACAGGUGGCAGUCAAGAACAAUGUCGACGUACUUUACUACGCGUCCUUAGUUCCCAUGCACGUGUACUUUGUCGAAGAUGGUCAAAUGGAUAAGAGAGCCUUUUUGCAAACAUGGAAAUACAUUCCAACCCAAAACGAAGUCCAGUACACGUUGACAAAUAUGUCUCAUAGUUCUGAUUCUGUCGUUCAAAAGAUGCAGCAAAACAACGUCUUCACAAUAGCAAAGAGAAACGUGGAAGGCCAAGACAUGUUUUACCAAUCAUUGAAACUCACUAAUGGACUUUGGGUGCUUGUGGAAAUUAAAAUCCCACCCGGUGGAAGUGUCUACACUCUAAGCAUUAAAUCCGUCACCGUUGACGUGGCAGCCGGUGUCUACCAAGCUUACGAGAACAUUCUCCGGUCAUAAUUCCGACCUGUGCCGACAACGUUCCCAUCAUGAAUUUACUAGAUUAUUAGUUUAACCUAGAUUUAAAUAUAUAUC